CACACACUACUACAGUCUACAGUAGUACAUGGCCUUUGAUCAGAUCAGAACUGAGACAUUAAUGAGAGGUCCAUUUACUACUAUAGUAUAGGAGUCCGCGUUAGCGUUAUUGAAUGAAGGGAUGCAAAAGAGAAAGCUGAAGUGUCAGUUUUGGCGUGCACAACUCAGCAACGUGCACCCCAGAAAUUGAAUGCUGUCUACACACUUUCUCACCUAAAAUUAAAGACCAAAAUGCAUUAGGAAAAGUGUAACAAAGUGCCAAUGUUGUUCAAUCCUAUACUUUGAGUUACACCACCACCACCUUAUUCCCUCAUUCAUUCUUCUUUUUCUUUUACUUUUUCUUCCCUCAGCUUCUGCCUUCCGUGGCUGUCUUCAAACACUUUGGUGCAUACACAAACAAACACACUGUCAUGCACAGCACCAACACCUGUCGCACUGCUCCAUUUGUCUUGUCCAUCUUCUAUUGAACUCCCACUGUGUGAGAGUCUCUUCUCACUGUUACUCUAGUUUGCAGGUUUUCAAAUUUCAACCAUAUAAAAGCAAGAAAAAAGCAAUAUAUACGUGGUGGAUUGGGAAGUUGGAGCUUAAAGGAGUAGAGGUAGAGGUGUGAAUGUUUAAAAAAGAAAGAAACAGAAAGUGAGAGAUAAAGAAAUAUGGGAAAGUGAGGUGGAGUCAGAUUUGUGUCUCUGGUUUGAGAAUUUUUUAGUGUUAACACUCUGUUGGCUAUGUCCCCUUAGCUGACUCGGUGCGCCCGGGCUCCGUGGGCUUUGCCGCCGACCAAGGAAACAAUCUCUUGUUGGACUCUCUUCCCAUUUAAGAGAACCUUUGCUUAAAAAAUUGGACUCUCUCUUUCAUUCAUUCAUUUGCAUUGUUUGCUGUCAAGAUUCUCUCACACUCUCCACUAUUUAACCCUUCUUUCUCCAUAAACCCUUUCUUUUCUCUCUCAAAGCCAACAAACUUGGAUCAAUCUCACUCUCAUCUAGGGAUGUUUGGUGGGGCUACCUAGCUAUGACUUGUUGGAUUUUGUAAUCAGCUAUUGUUUGAGUAUUGGUCAAACUUUUUCUUUUAUUUUCACUUGAGUUGGCCUCAGCUGAGAGGAAGCAGAUCUUACAUUGUCAAGAUGAAGUUCAUGAAGCUUGGUUCCAAGCCAGAUACCUUUCAGACUGAUGGGAACAAUGUUAGGUAUGUGGCAAGUGAGUUGGCAUCAGAUAUCAUUGUUAGUGUAGGGGAUAUAAAGUUUUGUUUACACAAGUUUCCUCUCCUAUCAAAGAGUUCGCACUUACAGACGUUGAUCUCCCUCAACAAUGAAGAAAAUGUAGAUGAAGUUCAAAUUUCUGACAUUCCUGGUGGUGCAAGUGCCUUCGAGAUAUGUGCUAAGUUUUGCUAUGGGAUGACUGUUACCCUCAAUGCUUACAACGUAAUAACAACUCGGUGUGCAGCAGAGUAUCUUGGAAUGCAUGAGAGCAUUGAGAAAGGGAACCUCAUUUACAAGAUUGAUGUUUUCCUAAGCUCUAGCAUUUUCCGUAGUUGGAAGGAUUCGAUCAUCCUUCUCCAGACAUCAAAGUCUAUGUUACCUUUGGUUGAGGACCUAAAGGUUGUUAAUCAUUGCAUUGAAUCUAUAGCAAAUAAGGCUUGUGUUGAUGUAUCCAAAGUUGACUGGUCCUACACCUAUAACCGUAAGAAGCUUCCAGAGGAAAAUGGGAUCGAGUCAAACCAAAAUGGAGUCAGAACUCGACUGGUGCCAAGAGAUUGGUGGGUUGAAGAUUUAUGUGAGCUUGAAGUUGAUUUGUACAAGUCUGUGAUUACAAAUAUUAAAUCUAAGGCAGUUCAAUCUAAUGAAGUAAUUGGUGAAGCUUUGAAAGCUUAUGCUUACAGAAGAUUGCCAAAUUUCAGCAAGGGUAUGAUCCAGUGUGGGGAUGUGUCAAAGCAUCGGAUAAUAGUAGAAACUAUUGUGUGGUUGUUGCCUACUGAGAAAGGCAGUGUUCCAUGUAGGUUCUUACUCAAGUUAUUGAAAGCUGCCAUUUUUGUAGAAUCAGGAGAUAGGGCUAAAGAAGAGCUGGUAAGGAGAAUUGGGGAGCAACUGGAGGAGGCGUCUGUAAGUGAUAUUUUGAUUCAAGCCCCAGAUGGGGAUGCUACAAUCUAUGAUGUUAGUACAGUACAGAACAUUGUUAGACAGUUUUUUAUGAAAGAUCACAAUGCUGAGAUUGAAUCAAUUGGGGGUGGUGAACUUGAGGGGAUAAGAAAACCUGGGAUUUUAUCAGAUGCUUCAAAGCUGAUGGUUGCAAAACUUAUAGAUGGAUACCUUGCUGAAAUUGCAAAAGAUCCCAAUCUUCCUUUGACAGAUUUUGUUAAUCUUGCUGAGUUAGUAUCAAGCAUCUCUCGGCCAGCUCAUGAUGGCCUUUAUAGAGCUAUUGACACUUAUCUGAAGGAGCACCCUGGGAUCAGCAAAGGCGAAAAGAAGAGGAUAUGCAAGCUGAUGGAUUGCAGAAAGCUAUCAGUUGAUGCAUGCUUGCAUGCGGUGCAAAACGAGAGGCUACCAUUGCGUGUAGUUGUGCAGGUACUAUAUUUUGAGCAGUUAAGGACUGCUGCAUCAUCAGGUACCAGCACUCCUGACAUACCUAGAGGAAUCAAAGACUUGAACAAUGAAUCCAAUGGAAGCUCAAGGUCAGGGACAACUAACCCAGAAGAUGAGUUGGAUGCUGUGGCAACGGCUGAGGAGCUGAAGGCGUUAAGAAAGGAACUUGCAUCAUUGAGGCUGAGCAAUGGAGUUGGAAACAAUGACAAAGAUGGAGAUAUCAAACCCAGCAUGGACAAGGCUGUCAUUGGCAAGGUUAAAGGGUUGCUCAAGUCAAAGAAGUCUUUCAUAAAGCUUUGGGCCAGCAAAGGGGGACAAGGUGAAAAUAGUGGCUCGGACUCAUCAGAGAGUAUUAGUUCUGCUAACCCAGAAGAAGCCAAAUCUACUCCAUCUAGAAAUAGGAGGCAUUCAGUUUCAUGAAAGUAGUUUGGUUCAUUUUGUUGGCUUUUCUAUUCCUGUUUCUUUUCUUUCUCUUUUUACUAGUUCACUAUAACGACAAGAUUCCAACACUACUGGUUUUAUCUCGUUUUAAUUGAGUAGAGUACAUAUAGUUUAAAAUAGUAGAAUUGUGAAGAAUGGAAAUCGUGUAAUCCAAACAUCUAUCCUAUCAUUUAGUUCUUUAAACCACCCUGUGCACUUCAUUGAAAUUGAAAUCUGCCAAGACUACAAUCACACCCCAUUUCUUGGUAUAAACGGAUAGUUACCAC